UGCUAUCAAUCAAACCUGAUGCUAUGCAAGUGAUAAGCUUACAGCAGGAAUACGAACAACAGCAUCCACGGCGACUGGGAGUGAGUCGACCCCAGGGCAACGAGGUCGAAAGGCCAUCACCCUAACCCCCCAAUCAUCGUGCAGUCAUACUAUAGCUGUUCCAUUUUGUUCAGUUCUUUGGUAAUUACUCCUAAUUGAAAUCGAUCAAAGUAAAAUUCAGAUUUUCUGCAAAGCUAUUGCACCAGACUUGCAAAUCAUCUUUGGCGAUAAUCCCGCUUCGCAAACAAAGUGAUAAAUUUGAUAAUAAAUUUCACAAUUUCGACAUAUUAUUGAAUUAAAACUUACAGACCGGUAGAAAUAUUACUAUGUCAGAAAAUUCCAAAAAUAACAGUCGUGUCAACUUAAAUAUAACCGCAGUAGUGAAAAUUGAAUCGUAUUAGUCGAGGCACAGCUCAAUAUGAUGAACAAGCAGUGGUGAUAACAACGUACAUAACAGACGUGCCUGUGCAUCUAAGCUUGAUUAGGUACUCGUGCUUUACUGGAUAAAAGUGAUGUCCGAGUUUAACCCUGACAGAUCCCUUCGUGAAAUUAAGGGGAGAUUAGCUACUUGUUGAAUUGGAAGUUUUGGCAUGACGUUAAACUUUGGUUAGUUAACAUUUGCCAAUGACAUUGACCAGCUGCUUUCAAUAUGGCUAAAGUUCACUUAUCCGUAAUUUUGACACAUAAUUCAAGAAAAUUCACAUUAAAGCAAAGAAAAGGGGUCAUUUCAAAUAUUGGCCUUUAUUAGCAAGAUAUUGCUAUACUGCAUUUUUAAAGAAUUUUUGAGCUUAACUUUGGCCUUUUGAUUCUCGCUAGGGAUAAAGACAUCUAAGAAGAUUAUUAAAUAUACUUUACGCGACCAACAUUUAUUGCAUUUCAUAAAAUAAUAUAGAAAUCGAAAAUGGAGAUCAAUUACAAUAUUGGCCAAUCAUUAAUUGUUGAGUUGGAAGAUGAGUGCUUCGUGGGGGAACUGAAGCUAGUAAAUAAAGAUCGAACGCGUAUCGAACUUUGUAACGUUUUUGAUUUUCACACGGGCGAAAAAAUAAGUGGCAAUCAAAUUUUCUACAAAUCAGACAUAAAGUCCAUAAAAAUAAUCAACAAUGACAUAGUGGAGGGGAGCACAUCAGGAAAUCAUGACCCAUCGAACGACAUAAUUACCGAAGCUGAUAAACAAGCAACAACACUACUAACGUCAUGCGAGUUACAGGAAAUCGAAACACAUUGUAAAAACGCUCAAUAUAUAUUCAAGACCGACCGUUACUAUCAUGAUGCUAUCAAAGAUAUGCGUCGACAAAAUGAGAUUGUUUUAAAUCUCGAAUCGUGCCAGGCUGGACGCAGCACUAGAACAACAAUAAUUACGGUUGCAACACGCCAGAAUGUUUACGUAUUUGAUAUUUUAUCUUUGGGUCGUGUAUACCCCGAGUUGAAAGGAGUGUUAGAAGCCCCACGACCGAAGAAAAUCAUUCACGAUUCUCGAAAAAUUGUUGAUAAUUUAAAAUAUCGUCAAGAUGUUGAACUUAAGGGGAUUUUCGAUACUUACGCAGCUCACAUUGGAGUCGGGGGAGACAAAUCAUUAUGGAAAUUGGAAGAUUGCUUGAAGAAGUAUUUGAAUUUGCCGGAAAAUUUCAUAAUAUCUGAGAAGAAUAUAAAUUGGCAUGAGCGACCGUUCGAUGAUAAUCGAAAAACAAUUACAUCCAAAAAGGUGCUAUUUACUUAUAAGCUCUACGAAUGUAUAUUACAUGACCAUAUCCUUAAGAAGUUUUACAAAACAUGCGAAAUUUUUGCUAACGUUUAUUCAAACAACAAGGACUCAGUCGAAGUUGCAUCGGAUAUGGCGAGCAAUAAAAAUAGUUCUAUUAACGAAAUCGAAGACAUUGACUUAGAUUUACCGAUAGAAAUGGAAACAGAUCGAUAGCUACAAAAUGAAAUGAAAAUCCCGUUUUUCAUAAAUGUUCCAGUUUGGAUACGAGAUGUUAUUCUUACAAAUACUCUGUUUAUAUUAUAUAUAAUUUGUUGAGAGAGUUAUGUUAUUCAAUUAAGAUCCGUUUAAGGGAAAUGUUGGACAAUAAUAUUUAAAAUAUCUCAGGGUAUCAGGUUAUACGCAUAGAUUCAGAGGUACUAUGAAUUAUAUUCAACACUUCAUUGCUGAUUAUCCACUCAUCGACGCAUGGAUUAGAUCGACAUGUUUUUCAGUUGGAACUGAAUUGUCUCCCAGAAUUUGUUAAUAAGAUUAUUCCACACCUCUAAUAAAAUUAAUUCAUACAUCUAUAUAUCAAGGAAAAUAUUCAACGGCAUCUUCUUGUCCAUUUUACCUGUGACAUACUGUCCGAUGAAAACUGCAUAUACUGAAUAGAAUUACAUUUGUUAUAAAUUUUCACCUAA